UGACUCCCACCUUGGGUCAUAUGACUCACAGGGGCAGGCCUUUCGGUAUAUGAAGUAGAGGAGAGAAUUUUAUCCCUACUACUCUUUUUGUUUCUGUUUUUGCGGACUUAUUUCGACACUUUCUUUCCUCACUCGCUUCUUUGUGUCUGCCGGAGUGAAGAAGAAGAAGAAGUUACGAAAGAGCCAACAUGGCAGCAGGAAGCCGGCUCGCUGCUCUUUGGCUACAGCUCUUUGUUGUGGUGUCUUGCUGUAUUUGUAACGUCAGCCCUCAGCAGAUCGACCCCCUGGUGUUUGAGGAGCAGCUGCUGUGGGUGAGCGGAGCCCAGGGUCAGGUGAACACUUACAGGAUCCCACUGCUCACCUUCACCCCCAAAGGAAGCCUGCUGGCGUUUGCAGAAGCCAGGAAGUCUUCUUCUUCUGACAUUGGAGCGAAGUUCAUUGCAAUGCGGCGCUCCACAGACAAAGGAGGCACCUGGUCCCCGACCACCUUUAUUAUCGAUGACGGGGCGGCACCGGAUGGCAUAAACCUGGGCUCUGUUGUGGUGGACGAGGAAGUGGGCUCAGUGAUUCUGAUCUACUCAGUGUGCUUCCACCACUACCACUGUAGCCCGGCCAGCAUCAUGAUGGUGGAGAGCCGGGAUGACGGCCUCAGCUGGACCCCGCCCAGAAACCUCUCGGUUACGCUCGGCGUGAAGAGCUUCGCUCCCGGGCCGGGCCUCGGCCUCCAGAAGCGCUUCAAUCCUGCAAAGGGGAGGUUGGUGGUUUGCGGUCAUGGGACACUGGAGGGCGACGGUGUUUUCUGCAUCCUGAGCGACGACCACGGACAAACCUGGUACAACGGUGCAGCACUGAAAAGCAUCCCCUACAACCAGAAGAAAAAAGCGCAGGACUUCAACCCUGAUGAGUGCCAGCCAAUUGAGUUGACUGACGGGACCAUCGCCAUCAACGUCCGGAACCAGAACAACUACCACUGCCGGUGCCGCAUUGUGGUGCACAGCUAUGAUGGAGGGUUGACCCUGCCCUUAGAAGGCCUGAUUUUUGACGAGGCACUGGUGGAUCCUGUAGUGGCAGCCGGAGCUCUGCAAAAAGAGGGCGUGAUCUACUUCACCAACCCCUCCAAUGAGCAAAAGAGAGUGAAUCUAACCCUGAAAUGGUCGCUGACAAACGGCAUGUCUUGGGAGAACAAAGCUGUCCAGAUAUGGGCGGGUCCGAGCGGCUACUCCAGUAUGACAUCACUGGACAGCGGCUCUGUAGAAGACCGCAAGUACAUCUUUGUCAUCUACGAGAAGGGCCAGAAAGACUAUUUCGAGACUGUCUCGUUCACCAAGAUCCACCUGUAUGGUGGUCGUUAAGAGCACACGAGGACGUAGGUAGAGCAAAGUCAGACAUGAACUAUGGUGCAAACUAAACAUAAAUAACUUAUCUGUUUUGUCUCAGAUUUAAACACUUAAGGGAAAAAAGAAAACCGGAAGAGUUUUUUUUUUUUUUUUAAUCCAUCAGCUUUCUCAGGAA